UACUCGAGGGCCGUGGUUGGGUGAAGUGGGGUUCUGGGCAAAAGGCACAGUCAAUCAAUUUGUGUUCUUGAAAUUGUAUCUUAAUGUACAUUUUCUCUACUUUUCUUGCACUGAAUUUCAUCCUACUAUAUCCGAAUUUUCAAGAUUACGGAGAGAAAAGCAAAUGAAGAUCCCAUAUAUGCAGAUGUUUUGUCUGAUUUUCAUCUUCUUUCCAACUGUAAUAUCAGCAGCAGAUGUUUCUCCAGGUUCAACCCUGUAUGCAUCAAACCCACAAAAUUCAUGGGACUCUACGAACGGAACAUUCUCACUUUCCUUCAUACAAGAAUCUGAAAACGUAUACUUUGCUGCCAUAAUCUACAACGGAAUUCCCGUUUGGAAAGCUGGUGGAGAUCCGGGUGGUGCUGUAAAUUCCUCCGCCGCCCUCCGCUUCCUCCCCGACGGAAACCUCCAGCUCGUCUACACCUCGACAGGUUUUCAGGUCUGGCAGUCGAAUACUGCUGGACGGGGCGUUUCUAUGGGUGCACUUGAUGAUUCGGGCAACUUCAUACUCAGAAAUAGAAGUGGUCCAGUAUGGACUACCUUUGAUAAUCCCACUGAUACAAUUCUCCCAGGGCAAAACUUUACUGUCAACCAAGUUUUGCGAUCUGGAUUGUAUUCGUUUCGCCUAUCAAUGUCUGGAAAUAUGACUCUUCGAUGGAAUGAUACGAUUGAAUAUUAUUCCUCUUCUGGGUUGAACGGUUCAUCAGUUAACUCGAGCUUGACUUCUCCAAGCUUAGGCCUUCAACAACCAGUUGGGAUCUUUUCACUUUUUGACCCAACGCUUUCAAGUCCAUUGAUUAUGGCUCGAAGCAAUGAUUAUGGUGAAGUUACUGAUGAUUCUAUCCGGUUCGUGAAGUUGGACAAUGAUGGGAAUUUGAGAACUUAUAGUUCUGCUAGAAAUAGUGGAAGUGGGAACAGAAUUGUGAGAUGGACUGCUGUUAGUGACCAGUGUCUGGUUUUUGGUUAUUGUGGGAAUAUGGGAAUUUGCAGCUAUGAUGAUGACUUCAGUCCGGUGUGUGGCUGUCCAUCGGAGAAUUUCGAUCUGAUUGAUCCAAAGGAUCCUAGGAAGGGUUGUGAGAGGACAGUGAAUAUUUCGAAUUGUUCUGCUCGAGAAAUGUUGUCAUUGAAUCGUUCUACGUUGUUAACAUACCCUCCUGAGACGAGUUCACAGUUUUACACGGCAAGCAUCACAGCGUGCAGGUCUUUAUGUCUCUCUAAUAAUUUGUGUAUGGGUUCAACUUCCUUAGCAGAUGGGACAGGAGUUUGCUAUUUGAAAUUAUCACAAUUUAUCAGUGGAUAUCAGUCGCCAACGCUUACUAGCACGUCUUAUGUCAAGGUUUGUGAGCCAGCUAUGCCGAAUCCUCCUCACUCUUCAAGAGAAGUUCAUAAGAAUUAUGAUGCAUUGAAAAUUUCUGUCAUAGUUUUAGGCUGCUGUUUGAUACUGGUUAUUUUAGCAUGUUUGGUUUGGGUGUUUUUCUAUAGUCGAAAACCUAAAUUCGAAGGGUUGCCUACCUGGGAUUCACUCUCUGAAUAUGCUUCUGCUCUUCCGGUUCACUUCUCAUACAAGGAGCUCCAACAGGCUACAAAGGGGUUCAAGGAUAAGCUCGGAGAAGGAGGAUUUGGUGCUGUUUAUCAAGGGGUCCUCACGAAUAAAACUUUGGCUGCAGUGAAGCAGCUCGAGGGGAUCGAGCAGGGUGAGAAACAGUUUAGAAUGGAGGUUGUGACAAUUAGUAGUACUCACCAUUUAAAUUUGGUAAGACUCUUAGGAUUCUGCAGCGAAGGGCGUCAUAGGUUAUUGGUAUACGAGUUCAUGAAAAACGGUUCUCUAGAUAAGUUCCUCUUUACUUCGGAUGAGCAGCCAUCUAAGGAAGUUCUAAAUUGGGGAUAUCGGUACAACAUUGCACUCGGGACUGCUAAAGGGAUUACCUACCUUCACGAGGAAUGUCGUGACUGUAUCGUUCAUUCUGAUAUAAAACCCGAGAAUAUUCUAUUAGAUGAUAAUUAUAAUGCUAGGAUCUCGGAUUUUGGCUUAGCACGACUCAUAAACACAAAUGGCCCGAGACACAGGUCGAUAAUGUCCGUGAGGGGGACAAGAGGGUACUUACCCCCAGAAUGGCUGGCAAAUCUUCCAAUCACAUCAAAAGCUGAUGUUUAUAGUUACGGAAUGGUCUUGUUAGAAAUCAUAAGUGGGAGAAGGAAUUUUGAUGUUUCGUCAGAGACUAAUCACAGAAGGCUUUCAUUGUGGGCAUAUGAAGAGUAUGAGAAGGGCAAUAUUGAGGCAAUUCUUGAUAAAAGGCUUCUUAGACAUGAGGUUGACACAGAGCAAGUCAUAAGAGCGAUUCGAGUUAGCUUUUGGUGCAUCCAAGAGCAACCAUCUCACAGACCUACGAUGGGAAAAGUUGUGCAGAUGCUCGAAGGGAUUUCUGAGAUACCUACACCACCUCCAUUUGCGGCCACAAACCCGACCGCUCAGUUUCAGGUUCUCCCUAUGGUGUCAUCAUUCCAAACUGUGUUGAAUUCGUCUGUCACUUCAUCUCAGACAGCAGAAAACUCAUCUUUGACUUCAGAACAAAAAUCUGAAAGGGAAACCUCCAUUCUCUUACAGGAAGAGGCUUCAACAACAUAAUUUUGUCCAAAAGAAAGAUGAAAAUAAGCAGUUUUUGUCAAUGUGGGACGGAAUGAAAGAAGUUUUGUUAGCACUCUACUGCCAAUGUGAACAAAGAUCGAGAUCGAGGUAAUUCUUUUGCAGCAACCGUUUUUUAAUGAAAUAUACUGAUUCAGUUCAUCCACUCGACUAUCUAGCCUGUGUGGUCCUUUUGUAGGGAGAUCUAUUUGCAUCUGAAAAUCGGAUGGAAAUUCAGAAACUCAGGCUACAGAUGUUACCAUUUUAUGUAGUACUUUCUUGAAUGCUUUAGUAGAACUACAGAAACAUAUUUAAACUUAUUUUCAGAAAAUUUUCCAUGGAAUUUGGUAAUGUUAUCAGAAGACUUUCUAUUUUUUUUCUUGUAAUCACUUAUUUUCUUUGCUAAAUACAUUAACAGUCCGUUUGAUUGCAAGAGUAGAAUUUGGAUGGAAAUAAAACGAAUUCGAGGAAGUUGAAUUA